UACAUGUGCAUCAAAAGAUAGAAAAUCGCAACUCACAGUUUCUGAUCCCUAUAAAUUAUAUACACUAUAUUACCAAAAGUAUUGGGACACCCUUCCAAAUCAUUGGAUUUAGGUGUUCCAAUCACCGCCAUGGCCACAGGCAUGCAGACUGCUUCUACAAACAUCUGUGAGAGAAUGGGUUGUUCUCAGGAGCUCAGUGACUCCAAGCGUGGUCUCGUGAUAGGUUGUCACCUGUGCAAUAAGUCCAUCCGUGACAUUUCCUGGCUACUAAAUAUUCCACGCUCAGCUGUUAGUGGGAUUAUAACAAAGUGGAAGCAACUGGGAACAACAGCAACUCAGCCACCAAGUGGUAGGCCACGUAAAAUGACAGAGCGGGGUCAGCGCAUGCUGAAGCACACAGUGCGCAGAAGUCUCCAACUGUCUGCAGAGUCAAUA